AUGGACGUUGACCCGAACCCUGUGCAGCAACAACGUUCCUCACGCAAACACCUACGCAGCAGUUCUGACGACACCAACCUGGCAUGGAGCUCGGACGAAUCCGGUCGCUUCGAUGACGCAGACGAGCGUGAGCUGGAGUUCUUCAAAUCGCCAUCGGCCAAGUCAGCCAAGCGGCGCCGCUCGAAUGACUGGCCGCUCCCGGACGAAGCUGCGGACUACGGACAUCAUGAUCGGCGCGCGCGCAAUGGAGCUGGCGGUCUAGGCGCCAGUCUCGCAGCUCCAUACAAGUCAUCGCCUCGGGCGUCACCACGGGGUUCUUCGCGCGCAAGACACAGCGCCGCGGCUGCCAAUAGUCCGCGCAAUCUCCUAGCGCGGCGGUCGCGCUUUGUUGAGGCGACUAUGAUCGACAGUGUUAGUGAGAAGCCGCCGAGUAUCUUCAUGCAGGAGAAGAAGCAGGCCGCUGCCCAGAACCGCGGAUCUGGGAUCUUUCGAUUUGGAAAGGCUAUUGCCUCGGCCUUCAAUCCGUUCGGGGGCUGGGGCAAGAGCUCACCGGAGAGUGCCAACAAGUCGCCUCAGAAAGACGCUCUUACGCAGGCAGAGCAGGCCUAUGCGGAGCUCAAGAAGGCCGGAUACAAGGGCACAAACAAGGGCGCUUACCUGGAAAGCGCAAAUGUUGACCAGGCCCAAGCCGACCAGACAUGGCAGGAUAUACGGGAAAAGAUGCUCUCCGGAAACCCGACAUCUCAUUGCGGAGAAAAGUAUGGCUUGGGCACACCAUUGCGCUCUCCACAGCGCUCUCCGACGAAAUCCUCGAAGCGCUCAUCUCUUCAAGAUCUGCGGUCAUUGGGACUUCCUUUUAUGAGGUCCCAUGAACAAGUUACAACCGCCCCACCCACGUACCAAGAUCGAUCAUCCGAGGACCUCGAGCCAAAUGGGCUCCGAAGACAGAAGUCGAAGAAGGAAAUGAAUCGCCAGGCCAAGCUAGUCAAGAAGGUCAGCAACCUUGAAGAUAAGCUAGACCGUGCUCGACGCGAGCUUCGUGAACUAAGCAGCAAUGAGGAGCGAGUGCCCGCACCUAUUCCAGAGUCAAUAGAGUCCGUGCGUAUGAGUAUGGACAUGGACCCUGGCAUCUUUCCUCGCAAGUUUGUCCCAGGUGCACUUCCCACGCUGCCCUCGGAGCGACUGCUCGACCAACAAGACCCGGAAUCCAAAUCGCCUGAGCCCGGGAUGGACGGCGUCACAGCUUUGCCAUCCAUGGAGGGCCGAGAAAGUUUCUCACUCGAGAAACCGUUGAGAUCCCCGAGCUCAUCACCUAUCAAGACCCCAAAGGGGCGGUCGAAAGAAUCACGACCAUCUUCCAUGGGUAAGGAAAGCUCCUCCCGUAAAAGGAAGUCACCAGUUCCUGAACAAAUCGCUAGUCGGAAUCCUAUUCAGCCCCAUUCGACGGACUGCCACGACGACAUCCUCCAACCGGCCGAGCUGGAGCAGCUGAUCGACCUCGGCCUACUCAGCCCAACUCGACAAGCCAAGUGGCAGAAACUCGAAGCCGGCGACAGCCCCGGCUCCAUCGAACGCAAGCGAAACACCGGUGUUGACUACGCCACAGCAGGCGAAGCAGGCUCAAUGCACAGAAGAUCCCCAUCAGUUCAGCCCCGACCCUCACCCGGCCUCAACCGCUCACCAAGCUCUAAGGCCGUAAGAUCCCCACCUCCACUGCGCAUGCGCCGUGGCCACUCGAGUUUACGGUCCGUCUCGCCGACGCACGCCGUUGCGAAAUCGCAAGAAGCCCCAAGCGACUGUCUUUCACCUUCGCCACCCUUGGAAACUCACAAUGCAUUCUAUCUUCAGCAGCAACGCUCCCUUGAUCCCGAUCGUACGCCUCGCUCUUCUCCGACUAAGUCAACCGGCUCUCCGUCCAGGCCUGCCCAUACACGCCGCCGGAGUCGUCAGGAGAAGGACAUUCCUCCCGUUCCGCCUCUUCCCAAAGAGCUUCGCAAUGAUGCUGCAAAGGUCACCAAUUCGCCGUCGAAGAAGAAGAACCCGAGGGAUAGUCUCGCGUCUGUUCUCGAGCCGCAGUCCCCUUCGACUCAGAACAGACGGUCAGCCGUGCUUGACGAGUACCCGUGGCCUUCGGACAUAUUCUGA